GACCAAAGUCGUGUGCAGAAAAAAUAAAAAGAUUUGCACGCAAAAAUCCAAACUCAUGAGCACAAAUCAAGAUUUAUGAAAGCACUAAUCCAAUGUUAUGCACAAAUAAAGAAUUACUCACGCACAAAUUGAGGUGAUAAUUAAUUAAUAGGUGAAUAGGACUGACUGUAAAGCGCCUUGGGCUGUCCAGGAGGGGAAAGCACAAUACAAUUAUUCGCAAUUCACCAUAUCUUAGUACAUUUGUUUGGAUAUACUUGUAUAGCAUCAUAACUAUCAUCAUUUUAUUUUUAUUUAUUUUUUUGGACGCUGUUUAAUGAAAGUAUCGCCUUUUUUUCUUUUCUUUUUUGCCUUUGCGAGACUGCGCUCGGGAGCGCGCUCGACGUUUAGCGUCCUUUUGGUUGCCGUGGAGACCACGGACAGCAGCAGGCAGACGGGAUCAAGCGUGUUUUACUUUUCACAUCAGGAUUUCUCCUUUUAUUUUUCCAGCAGCGUGCUCUGGACGCGCGAGGGGAACUGGUCGAGUAGCAGCAGUCCAGCUGAAUGACGAAGGACAUUUCCUCCUGAGAGAUGGAGAGCACCUCUCACACACUGCCAUCCGUGUCCCAGUAUCCCACCACUCUGGGAGGGUGUCUCGCCUUUUCUUCUUUGACCCUGCAGCCCCACACAAAUGGCUGCGUGUCCCUCCCACUUUCACCUAUAUCUUUCCCCCCAUCCCCUACCUCACUUUCUCCACACUCAUCCUCCCCUUCUUCACUCUGCACCGAGUCCCACGCCUCAGAGGGACAAAGGGCACAAGUCCUCAGUCAGGACGCCACGCCUGACCAAGAUGACCUGACCUGUCUCAGCUGGCUGCAUCAGAGGAACAACCUGCUCCCACUGCAGCCCCUCGCCAAAAUGACACCCCUACGCCAGCGGGAUGGCUGCACAACUACCGUGCCUUCUCCUCCUCCUCCUCCUCCACCUCCUCCUGCCUCAUCCAAGCCCCCGUACUCCUUCAGCAGCCUGAUCUUCAUGGCAAUAGAAGAUUCUCCACACAAAAAGCUGCCCGUGAAGGACAUCUACGAAUGGAUUGUGAAGAACUUCCCAUACUACAGGACAGCCAGUGGAGGCUGGAGGAACUCUGUCAGACACAACCUUUCCCUCAGCAAGAGCUUCCGUCGCAUUCAGAGGGACAGAACCCAGUCGGUGGGGAAGGGGUCGUUCUGGUGUGUAUGUCCUGAGUAUCGUCCUGCACUGCUGAAGGUGUUGAGGAAGACCCACAGCUUCCACAGUACCAGCAGCAAUCUGAUAAAUAAACCAGCACUAUUGGAAGGAGCUGACUAUGACGUGCCUGCAGUGUGUGACAUGGUGGAAAUCUCAGAUUCUCUUUCUCAGACUUUGCUCCUCUCCUCUUCCUCAUCCCAAAUCCUCACCACUGAUAACCCAGAUUUUGCUGAGAACCAGCCAGAUCAUGAGGAACUCGUCCCCAUGGAGUCGGAUGAAUACCAGCAAGAGGAGGUCAGCAGCGAAAUGGAGAAAGACCCGCUGUCCGACAGCGGAUACAUUGAGUUGCAUUAUUACCAGUCUAAUGAGUUCCAGUACUUUGUGCUGCCCGGCGACUCUGAGCUGGAUCUGGAAACGGUGGAGAUCCUUCAGCUUGAUGCUGAAGCUCAAGAGGCUGCUGGAUCCCUGCUGGACCUGGCAGGUGGUGGAUAUUAGCUCACAGCUCCCCUUUACAACAACCUCAAACAUUGUUCACAGAAAUAUUUACCUUGGCCCAUGAAUUGUGUAUUAUUGUGUGAAACUUUUGUAGCAGUAUCGGUCCGUAGAUGGAGGCAACAGCAAUUCUCUGGUAUUCAGCCACUUUCAGAGCACAAGCUCAGCAUAUCAUGUAUUUCCUGAUCCAUCAAACAUGUAUUUGAUGGAUGUGGUUAAUGUGAUCAUGAACAAUUAAGUAUAGCAAAACCUUUUUUUUUCGAUGUACUAAUUUAAUUUUAAAAUCUAAAACAUCUCAAAGUAUUUAUACAGUAAAUGUAUUGCAGUUUUAUGGUGAUCUGCUUCAUUCUCAGGGAAGGAAAAACUCCUUCACACUCAAACUGGCUUUUAUCUUAAACUAUAUUUUUACUGUGUACAUUUUUAACUUCAAGUAGAAAUAGCACUUUGCUGCACUUAAACUUUAGUUGUGUAUUUAGCUAAUAAUUAAUCAGAGAAAAUUGUGAUUCUGGUCAUCUGUCAAUAGUUAUUUCCUUAUUACUGUGUUUUUUAUUCUUUAGAUCCUUUGAUUUAAAAAAAAAAAGGUUUUAUUUCAUGUUCCAAAGUCCCAUUCUCAUGUCAUUAAUCGAUUUAAAUUCAAUUAUAUGAUCUUUUAGGAUAUUAUAGUAGUAAAUUAACAAUUUGACUUCAUUUAAUUUGACAAAUUCACUGCCACUUAAUUAAACAUUUUGUAUUUUAAAGUGCAUCAAAAUUCUGUUCAUACAUUUUUCAUAUAACUUACUAUUUUUGAUGUAACAUGAUGUGUUGCUGCUCUUUUGAAUAAAAUUACUCUUUGUUUAUUUCAUUCACUUCCAGAAAAAAAGCAAAUCAAAUAUUUUUUAAUAAGCAUUAUGUACACUUUUAUAAGAAGAAAUGCCAACUUGUUGAUAAAAGAGAGAAGAACAAAAAGUUAUGCCUUUGUCACACUUUUGCCUGAUGCUAUAUAAGUAACAAACAAAUACUACUUUCAAUAAAGAUGAAUGCAUGUUAAAAUA